AACCGCUAAGCAUGGCCGCAAUUUCAUAAACCAAGUGAUAUUUUUCGACUUUUUACGGAGAUUUUCCAAAAAUCCGUAACUAUUUCCGCAAUAACGCAAUACAUUUUAAUAAUUCACACAAUAGAUUAUAAUGUAAAUCAACAAUUAUGCCUGACAAAAAGACAAAGAGCGACAAAGAACGUUUUUACGCUACAAUGUUCAUAAGUAGUGCGGCAGGAAUCUCAGCUCUGUUUGGUUUCUGUAGUGCAUUAGCGUCAGCCAAAAAACGAGAUACAAAGAGCUUCGACGUUGGAUUCAUGGGAGGGAAAGGUUUUCCAGAAUCAGGAGCAUCGCUCGCUACAAGAGCCCUUCUUUGGGGCUCAGUGUGGGCAAUUAGUGGCUGUGGUUUGCUCUUCUAUGGAAUCUGGAAACUUUCCGGUGCUACUACAGCAGAAGAAUUUCGAUUAAAAAUGGGGUCUAUCUUGCCACGCAUACCAAAGAAUAAUCCUCCUCAGAGUAGAACUGAAUUUGAAAACCUUACUGAUCUGCUUAGAUAUGUUUCCGAAGAAUGGGGUAAAGAAAAGUAAUCCCAUUUAAAAGUUACAAUAAAAACAGAAAAAUAGUCACUGUAAAGCAUUUUUUAUUUAUAAAGGUACUUGAAAAAAAUCCACGUGAAGUGAAGUUUGAAGAACACUGAAAUGCACGAAACUGAGUAUUCAUUAUCUUUAAAUAAAAUAAACAUUUUCGCCGGUUGUAGGCAGUAAUUAACAGCCAUGUUAGAAUGACCAUAAAAUAUUUUAUGAUUUAUACUUCAGGGCAUACCUCUGUUGACUUAACACAUUAAGUUAUGUUUAGUUUAUCGAUAUGGAAGAGAAC